AUGCGUCUCUCCAAGGCUUCCAUUCUUGCCCAGGCUCUGCUGCUAGCAGCGGUCGCAGCGCAAAGUCUCGACGCCUCCAGCCUCGUCAACGAGAUCACCACCACCGCAGCCGCAGCCGCGACUACCACCGCGGCCUCACCUUCCCCGGCAGAGACCACUCAGUCCCCCGUCACAACUUCCGCUGCUCCCUCAACCACAUCCACCACCUCGGAGGCUGCCCCGACCACCACCAGUACACAAAGCACCUCCUCCAGCACAACCACCUCCGUGGCAGAAGUCCCCUCCACCACAAACACUCCGGCUCCCUCCACCACGGCUGGCGCUGCUGAAACGUCUGCCCGCUCCACCACUUCGCAGCCAUCCGACGAGACCACCACUUCGGUGACUCCGUCUGUCAGCUCCACCAUCGUCAUCAAGACCAUCACCGCCCAGAUUACGGAAGAUGGAACAACCAAGCCGACCGUCAUGCUCUCGACCUCCACCUCUGCCGUGACCAGCUAUCCCUCUCUGAACGGCGACAAGGGCUCCUCCAACAGCGGUCUUUCCUCCUCGGAUAAGAAGAUCAUCAUCGGUGUCGUGGUAGGUGUCGGCGGUGCCAUCCUUCUUGGUGUCUUGGGCGUGGUCUUCUGGCGCAUCCAGAAGAAGCGGAGCGACGCUUUCAACGAUGAAGACGAUGAUCUCAUGGGGGGUACCGCUGUCGGCAGUGGCCCACGCGAGAAGGCACCGGGUCCGACCCAGAGUGGGACUCCGUUCAAGAACACACUGGAUCAAUAUCACAACCCAGGUCCCGUGAACGCCGCGUCCAACUUUUAA